AUGAACGGCUUCAGGGACGACCGCGAUGGCACCGCAUCUAGCGCGGCGAAAUGUGACAGAGGCCAGAAACUGGACAUGCCGAUUUCGACUCGACCACCACUUGAGCAGUUUCACUUCAUCCAAGCCCUGCAAAGAUGUAGCAGCAGCCAGAUGUCAAGUGAGUCAUGUGCUUCGCCAUUCUGGGGCCCAAGUAUGCGAUCCGCCAAGUUGAUUACUUUUAAGCUUCCAUACCAUAAAAUCUCCGACCUCCGACUGGCUCCGACCUGUGCUUUGGACCACACUCGGUCACACACUUUAUUUUCACACAAGCGAGCAGAGGCGCCGGCAUCGGCGUGGCGGCGUGGCGGCGUGCGUGGGGAAGGUGGAGAGCGGCUGGACGCGACAGGAGGUGAGGAGCGGCAGCAGUCGGGUGAAGAGGAGCGGCAGCAUGCGGUUAGCGGCGCGGAUCAGCUUGAGGCUUGCCCGGCAGGGCGGCCGGCAGGCUGCCGGUUUGGGUGUCGCUCUUUUAGGCUUCGCCAGUGCGAAGCGCCGGUGUCAGGCCUCUGCUGA